CCUGGACCCUGCUCAGAGGACUCUAUACAGGGACGUGAUGUUGGAGAAUUAUAGGAACCUGGUCUCCCUGGGAUUGACUUCUAAAGACUCUUGGUAUGUGAGGAAGAAACCUGGAAGAGGAAGAGGAAAGCAAAGGAGUCAGGGAUGGCUCUUCCUCAGGGUCUAUUGACAUUCAGGGACGUGGCCAUAGAAUUCUCUCAGGAGGAGUGGAAAUGCCUGGACCCUGCUCAGAGGACUCUAUACAGGGACGUGAUGCUGGAGAAUUAUAGGAACCUGGUCUCCCUGGAUAUCUCUUCCAAAUGCACGAUGAAGGAAUUCUUGUCAACAGCACAAGGCAACAGAGAAGUGUUCCAUGCAGGGACAUCGCAAAGACAUGAAAGUCAUCACAAUGGAGAUUUUUGUUUCCAGGAUAUUGAUAAAGAUAUUCAUGACAUUGAGUUUCAGUGGCAAGAAGAUGAAAGAAAUGGCCAUGAAGCACCCAUGACAAAAAUCAAAAAGUUGACAGGUAGUGCAGAGCGAUAUGAUCAAAAUUAUGCUGGAAACAAGCCUAUUAAAUAUCAGCUUGGAUUCAGCUUUCAUUCGCAUCUGCCUGAACUGCACAUAUUUCACACUGAAGAGAAAAUUGAUAAUCAUGUUGAGAAGUCUAUCAACGAUGCUUCCUCAGUUUCAACAGCCCAAAGAAUUUAUUGUAGGCCUGAAACCCAUAUUUCUAAUGACUAUGGGAAUAAUUUCCUGAAUUCUUCAUUAUUCACACAAAAACAGGAAGUACACAUGAGAGAAAAAUCUUUCCAAUGCAAUGACAGUGGCAAAGCCUAUAAUUAUAGCUCACUCUUAAGGAAACAUCAGUUAAUCCAUUUAGGAGAGAAACAAUAUAAAUGUGAUAUAUGUGGCAAGGUCUUUAAUUCAAAGCGAUACGUUGCACGCCAUCGUAGAUGUCACACUGGUGAGAAACCUUACAAGUGUAAUGAGUGUGGCAAGACCUUCAGUCAGACAUAUUACCUAACAUGCCAUCGUAGACUUCAUACUGGAGAGAAACCUUACAAAUGUGAAGAAUGUGACAAAGCUUUCCAUUUCAAAUCAAAGCUUCAAAUACAUAGGAGAAUUCAUACUGGAGAGAAACCGUACAAGUGUAAUGAGUGUGGCAAGACCUUUAGUCAGAAGUCGUACCUUACAUGCCAUCGUAGGCUUCAUACUGGAGAGAAACCUUACAAGUGUAAUGAGUGUGGCAAGACCUUUAGUCGGAAGUCACAUUUUACAUGCCAUCAUAGAGUUCAUACCGGAGAGAAACCUUACAAGUGUAAUGAGUGUGGCAAGACCUUUAGUCACAAGUCAUCUCUUACAUACCAUCGUAGACUUCAUACUGAAGAGAAACCUUACAAGUGUAAUGAGUGUGGCAAGACCUUCAAUCAGCAGUUAACCCUUAAAUGCCAUUGUAGACUUCAUAGUGGAGAGAAACCUUACGAAUGUGAAGAAUGUGACAAAGCCUACAGUUUCAAAUCAAACCUUGAAAUACAUCAGAAAAUUCAUACUGAAGAGAAUCCUUACAAGUGUAAUGAGUGUGGCAAGACCUUCAGCCGGACGUCAUCCCUUACAUACCAUCGUAGACUUCAUACUGGACAGAAACCUUACAAAUGUGAAGAUUGUGAUGAAGCUUUCAGUUUCAAAUCAAACCUUGAAAGACAUAGGAGAAUUUAUACUGGAGAGAACUACACGUGUAAUGAGUGUGGUAAGACCUUCAAUCAGGAGUUAACCCUUACAUGCCAUCGUAGGCUUCAUAGUGGAGAGAAACCUUACAAAUAUGAAUAACUUGACAAAGCUUACAAUUUCAAAUCAAACCUUGAAAUACAUCAGAAAAUUCGUACUGAAGAGACUUACAAGUGUAAUGAGUGUGGCAAGACCUUGAGUCACACGUCAUCCUUUGUGUACCAUCGUAAACUUCAUAGUGGAGAGAAACCUUACAAAUGUGAAGAAUGUGAAGAAGCUUUCUGUUUCAAAUCCAACCUUGAAAGACAUAGGAGAAUUCACACUGGUGAGAAACCUUACAGGUGUAAUGAGUGUGGCAAGACCUUCAGCCAGACCUCAUCCCUUACAUGCCAUUGUAGACUUCAUACUGGAGAGAAACCUUACAAAUGUGAAGAAUUUGACAAAGUUUUCCAUUUCAAAUCAAACCUUGAAAGACAAAGGAGAAUUCAUACUGGAGAGAAACCAUACAAGUGUAAUGAGUGUGGCAAGACCUUUAGUCAGAACUCAUACCUUACAUGCCAUCAUAGACUUCAUACUGGAGAGAUACCUUAAAAGUGUAGUGAGUGUGGCAAGACCUUUAGUCAGAAGUCAUACCUUACACACCAUCGUAGACUUCAUACUGGAGAGGUACAUUACAAGGAUAAUGAGUGUAGAAAAACGUUUCAUGGGCAGUCAGCAUUUUACAAAUGUAAUGAUUGUCACCAAGUCUUGAGUAAUGCUACAACUAUUGCAAAUCAUUGGAGAAUCCAUAAUGAAGAGAGAUUUUACAAGUGUGAUAAAUGCAGAAAAUUUUUCAGACAUCCUUCAUACCUUUGCAGUUCAUGGGUGAAGUCAUAUUAGAAACCUUACAAAUGUGAAGAAUGUGAUGAAGCUUUCAGAUUCAAAUCAAACCUUGAUAGUCAUAGAAUUCAUACUAGAGAGAAACCUUAGCAGUGUAAUGAACGUGGCAAGGUUUUAAAUCAAAAAGCAAAGCUUGCACAUCAUCAUAGAAUUCAUACUGGAGAUAAACGUUACAAAUGUGAAGCAUGUGACAAAGUUUACAUUCGCAAAUCAAGCCUCGAAAGACAGGAGAAUUCAUACUGGAGAGAAAGCUUACAUAUGUGAAGAAUGUCACCAAGUUUUCAGUCGCACUCAAACCUUGAAAGACACAGGAGAAUUCAUACUGGAGAGAUAGCAUAAAAAUGUAAGAGUUUGUGACAAGGCUUUUGGGCGUAAUUCACACCUGGCACAACAUCCUAGAAUUCACAUUGGAGAGAAAGCUUACAAGUAUAAUGAGUGUGACAUGUCUUUAGUGGGCAGUCAACACUUGUUUACCAUCAGGCAAUCCAUGGUGUAGGGAAACUUUACUUAUGUAAUGAUUGUCACAAAGUCUUCAGUUACACUACAACCAUUGCGAAUCAUUGGAGAAUCCAUAAUGAGAGAUCAUACUAGUUUAAUAAAUUUGGCAAAUUUUUCAGACAUUGUUCAUAACUUGCAGUUCAUCGGCGAACUCAUACUGGAGAGAAACCUUACAAAUGUCAUGAUUGUGACAAGGUCUCAGUCAAGCUUCAUUCUAUGCAAAACAUAGGAGAAUUCAUACAGGAGAGAAACCUCACAAGUGUGAUGAUUAUGGCAAAGCCUUUAAUUCACAUUCACACCUCACUAGACAUCAGAGAAUCCAUACUGGACAGAAAUCUUACAAAUGUCAUCAGUGUGCCAAAGUCUUCAGUCUGAGCUCGCUCCUUGCAGGAUAUCAGAAAAUUCAUUUUGGAGAUAGUUGUUCCAAAUGCAAUGUGUAUAGCAAACCAUCAAGCAUUAAUUGACACGAGUCAGUUCAGCAUUGACUUGAGUUUGACUUGACUUAACAUUGAGUUCAAGCCUUAAUUGACAUUAAAGUGUUUAUGUUAAGAGGACUGGGCCAGGAACAGUGGCUCACACCUGUAAUCUGAGCACUUUGGGAGGCCAGCACGGGUAGAUCACUUGAGUUCAGGAGUUUGAGAUCAGCCUGGCCAACAGACGUGAGCCAUUUUCCCAGCCUGUUUUUUGUUUCUUUAACAAAAACUGAUAGGGAUUUUUUUUUUUGAGAUGGAGUUUCACUCUUGUUGCCCAGGCUGGACUGCAAUGGAGCGAUCCCAGUUCACUACAACCUCUGCCUCCCAGGUUCAAGCAAUUCUCCUGCCUCAGCCUCCAGAGUAGCUAGGAUUACAGGCAUGAGCCACCACGCCCAGCUAAUUUUGUAUUUUUAGUAGAGAUGGGGUUUCUCCAUGUUGGUUAGGCUGGUCUUGAACUCCCAGCCUCAGAUGAUCCACCCACCUCGGCCUCCCAAAGUGCUGGGAUUACAGGCGUGAGCCACUGCGCCCAGCCCCAGUGAUAAGGAUUUUUAUGGGUACCGUGUUGAAUCUAAAUCACAUUGGGUUAUUAUAUAAUCAUUUAACAAUAUUAAUUUUUCCAAACCAUCAGUAUGGGUUGUAGCUCUAUGUUUCUAAUCAUUUUGAUCAAUGUUUGUAGAUUUCAAGGUAAAAACUUCUGACCUUUUUACGUUUAUUUCUAAGUAUUUCUUACUUUAAGUUCUCCAGCCAAUGGAAGUGUUUUAAAAUUUUCUUUUAAAGUUGUGUAUUGUUAAAAGUAUGGAAAUUCAACUAAUUUUUGGUGCUGAUACUGUAUUGUGCAAAUCCACUGAAUAUGUUACUUAGUUCCAGUAGUAUUUCGGUUGACUCUUUGUGAUUUUCUGCACAGAAGAUCAUGUCGUCUACAAACAAAUAUAAUUUUACUUCUUUCUUUCUGA